UGACCCUGAUGAUGUAAUCGGGGUCAGCUCGGCUUGACCUUUGAGACUACAAAUGUGUUACAGAGAUGCAGUGUGUCCCAAAUCCAUACUGCACACUGCAUGUAUACAGUUUGCACCACAUACUAUUGUAUUAAUACACUUUUGACAGUUAGUAUACAAUGAAAUCAACAUGAUUUAAAAUGAGCAAAUUAUACAUUACGUUAUAUGUCAAACUGCAACUUUUGAAUGUUGAAUGUUACUGCCAAUUAAACUUCACAAAGCAAGCAAACAUCCAAAAAUAAGAGCUCUCCUGGAUUUGAAUGUAUCACUUUAGUGUGAAGUGCAGCAACUAGCAGAUAUACAACAUGUAGACAUGAUAUCAAACUGUUUUAUCUGACUUUCAGGCCACCUGAAGGACACAUAAAAGGGGAAUAUUGGAAACAUUAAGGUUUCAGUGGCUAAAGUUGUCAAUAGACGUUCUACUCAGCACAAGCCCAACCCCUCGAGCCCGAGAAUGAAAGUGAUUGCAUUACUAGCUACUUGCGUGUGUUAAGGUUUGCACUGCUGUAUUUGGUGUCUCAGGUUUCAAGAUUGAUCCUGUAUCCUGUAGUUGUUUUUCUCCACAAAGCAGUCCGCGUCGACACACAUGCAGUACAGCUGUGACACAAGAACAGAAUUGACGGUGUUGCAUUGGAGCAACAGAAAGACUUAUGAAGAAUGAACAACAGCCACCAGGAAUCUUCACCAGACACACAGGAAGCAGACUUUGGGAGUGCUGCCCUGUCCAAACAGAGGAAGAUCAUCCACUUCUCCAGCGGUGAAACCCUGGAGGAGGAAGACAGUGAGGAGGAAGAGGAGGAGUCAUUAAACAGGGCUCCAUUCAGAGAACCUGCAGAGAAGACUAAGUUGUCAUUCAGGAAUGUGGCCAUUCUAUUUGGGAGGAUUUCCCUGCUGACUUGUGAUUUCCUUGGAGAGAGACUAGCUGGUGCACUCGGACUGGAUGCAGCCAAAUACCAGUACGCCAUAGAUCAACAUCACCGUGAGCACAAGACAACAAGCAGCAAAGCCACAGACAACCUCAUGGACGGACAGACAGAGACGAUCCACCUCUCUCAUGGACUGGAUGGGAGUCAUUACGGAGCUACAGGAGACGGACGAUGCCCUGCUGAUUCCCAGGAGAGCUGUGAUGUGAAACACAUGGACAAAAGUGAAGGAUGUCACAACAGAGCAUAUCAAGCAGAUGAGGUACAUGAGGUGUAUGAGAAUGGCGAGGAUGAGAACCCCAUCCUAAACCAGGGAUCAGACGCCAACCUUUUCGAAGGGGACAUUUUAAUUCCAGAAGGAAGGAAUGCCAUGGCUGACAAAAAAUACAGAUGGAAAUUUCCAAUUCCUUACAUUCUGGGUGAUGAUUUGGAUCUGAAUGCAAAGGGCUGCGUACACCAGGCUUUUGAAAUGUAUCGGCUGAAGUCUUGUGUUGACUUCAAGCCUUACGAGGGAGAGAAGACGUUCAUCAAGUUUGAAAAGAGAGGAGGGUGUUUCUCCAGUGUUGGUGACCAGCAGGUCGGCCAGAUUCUGUCUUUAGGGUCAGGCUGUGAUCACAAGGCGGUGAUUGAACAUGAGCUCCUACACGCUCUGGGAUUUUACCAUGAACAGUCCCGCACAGACAGGGAUGACUAUGUCGACAUCUGGCUGAAUCAGGUAACACCAGGACUCGAACACAACUUCAACAAAUACAACGAUGACUACAUCACCGAUCAAAACACGGCGUACGACUACGAGUCCGUCAUGCACUACAGGCCCUUCUCCUUUAACAAGAAUGCAUCCAUCCCCACCAUCACCACCAAAAUCCCAGAGUUCUACAACAUCAUUGGCCAAUACCUCGACUUCAGCAAAAUGGACACCCUGAGGCUCAACCGGAUGUACAACUGCUCUGGUCCGCUCACCCUGCUGGACCAGUGUGCCUUUGAGUAUACCAACAUCUGCGGGAUGAUCCAGGCCUCCUCUGAUGAUGCUGACUGGGUCCAUACCAAGAGCAGUGAGGGUGAAGAGGAUCACACACUCCUGGGAACAUGCAGAGAUGCUGGGUACUUCAUGCACUUCAGCACCAUGACUGGAAAGCCUCUGGAGUCGGCACUGCUGGAAUCCCGAACCCUCUAUCCCAAGAGGAAGAUUCAGUGUCUGCAGUUCUUCUACAAGAUGACUGGAAGCUCCAAAGACAAACUGGUGAUCUGGGUCAAGUUGGAUGAUGGCACAGGCACCGUUCGUAAAAUGAAGAAAAUACACACUUUUAAUGCGGAUUCUGACCACACAUGGAAGAUCUCCCAUGUCCCAAUGGAGGUAGGGGUAAAAUUUCGAUAUGCUUUCCAAGCUGUGGGCGGUGAUCCCUCUACAUCUACCGGUGGCAUCUACAUCGACGACAUCAGCCUGACCGAGACACGCUGCCCCAACACCGUGUGGAGGAUCCAGAACUUCUCCAAGAUCAUGGAAACGGCCGACAACAACACAGUAAUUGACAGCCCGCGUUUCUACAGCCCUGAGGGCUAUGCUUACGGUGUCCGUAUUAUUCCUUUGUCCAGUUACACUGAUUACACAGGGAACUACACUGGACUGUACUUCUACCUGGUCAGCGGGGUCAAUGAUGUGGUGAUGCAGUGGCCAGCGGUAAACAGACAGGCUACCUUGGUGGUGAUGGACCAAGACCCAGACAUUAAGCUGCGGAUGUCCACCGCUCGCAGCCUCACCACUGAUAUGAGGAUGACAUCAGAUGGAAAGUUGUUUUGGGACAAUCCCUCCAAGGUGGGGACGCUUGACACUUCCUGUGAUUGCUACAAAAGUGAAUCAUGGGGCUGGAGGAACUUUAUCAAGCACUUUGACCUCAGGCGGCGCAAUUACCUCAAAAACGAUGACCUCAUCAUCUUCAUCGACUUUGAGGAUAUAACAUCACUCAGUCCAAACAGAAGUCCCCAUUAAACCAAAGGAGUAAGAUCCCACAGGAUGUUAUAUCAUGAUUAACUGAGCUGGGAUGAGAAGAACAACCUUGGAAGAUGAAGAAAGGAUGGAAAAUUGCUGUUGUGACACGAUCACAGUUAUACACAUCAUUUAAAAAACAUAACAUUUUAAAGUAUAUUUAGUAUCUAAUCUAUACAUAAAAGGUGAACUGUUUAUGCAAAAUCAUUUUAAACAAUAAAGUUAUUUGGCAUUGAAAUGUUGUCUUAAUAAAAGCUAUUAAAUUAAGCUAU